UCAAAUCUCACAUCUGAAGGUUAAAGUCUGUCUCUCUCUCCAUCACACCGCGCUUCAGUCCAGCGGUACUCGCGUAUCUCUCUCCCUCUUCUUGCUCAUAAUUUGUAGAAAUAUUAACACAAUAUCAUGUCGAUAUUUGGUGAGGUCCCGCUGGCUGCUCCUGUCGCAGUGUUUAAACUGACAGCAGAUUUCCGUGAAGACCAGAAUCCCAGCAAGGUGAAUCUGGGAGUCGGAGCGUACAGGACAGAUGAAGGUCAGCCCUGGGUUCUCCCCGUGGUGAGAAAAGUGGAGAAGAUGAUCGCUGAUGACCAUAGUUUGAACCACGAGUACCUGCCCAUUCUAGGCCUGCCAGAGUUUCGCUCCAGUGCAUCUCAGAUCGCUCUGGGUGAAGACAGUCCUGCCAUCAAGGACAAUCGGGUAGGAGCUGUGCAGUGUUUAGGUGGCACUGGUGCUCUGAAGAUCGGAGCCGAGUUUCUUCGCCGUUGGUACAAUGGAACCGACAACACAAAAACUCCAAUUUAUGUGUCUGCGCCAACAUGGGAGAACCACAAUGCUGUUUUCUCUAACGCUGGAUUUGAGGACAUCCGUCCAUACAAAUAUUGGGAUGCAGGGAAGCGUGGACUCGAUCUGGAAGGUUUUCUGAGUGACCUGGAGAGUGCACCUGAUCACUCCAUCUUUGUGCUGCAUGCCUGCGCUCACAACCCCACCGGCACAGAUCCCACCCAGGACCAGUGGAAGCAGAUCUCUGAUGUCAUGAAGCGAAAGAGUCUGUUUGCCUUCUUUGAUUCAGCCUAUCAGGGUUUCGCCUCAGGAAAUUUAGAUAAGGACGCCUGGGCUGUCCGCUACUUUGUGUCACAGGGUUUUGAAUUGUUCUGUGCCCAGUCGUUCUCAAAGAACUUCGGUCUGUACAAUGAGAGAGUGGGGAACCUGACUGUUGUAGCCAAAGACCAAGACAAUUUGAACCGUGUACUGUCUCAAAUGGAGAAGAUCGUUCGCAUCACCUGGUCCAACCCUCCAUCCCAGGGUGCACGUCUGGUUGCCAUCACACUCAACACCCCUGAACUCUUUGCUGAAUGGAAGGACAAUGUGAAGACCAUGGCAGACAGAGUCCUGCUCAUGCGUGCUCAGCUGAAGGAAAAACUCAAAGCACUCGGAACUCCAGGAACCUGGGAGCACAUCACUGAGCAGAUCGGCAUGUUCAGCUUCACCGGACUCAACCCUAAGCAGGUUGAGUACCUGGUGAAAGAGAAGCACAUUUAUCUAAUGGCGAGCGGGCGCAUCAACAUGUGUGGCCUCACCACCAAGAACAUCGACUAUGUGGCCGAGUCCAUUCAUGAGGCUGUCACUACAGUCUAAUAAGCACCUUUACCACACUUCCUGUUUGUGUGUGUGUGUCCACAGGAACAUAGACACGCACAGACACACACACUGAUACACCCCUUCACUCACCAGCUUUCCUGGUCUAAUUUAGUCAUCAGCAUUUCAACAUUCUGUUUUAACUUGUAUGUGAUUU